AUGUCCUCACCGUCUCGGCAAAUCAAGUGCGUCGUAGUUGGCGAUGGUACAGUGGGUAAGACCUGCAUGCUCAUCUCCUACACAACAGAUUCUUUUCCUGUACAAUAUGUGCCAACUGUGUUCGACAACUAUUCCGCCCAAAUGACGGUUGACACACAAACUGUAAACCUCGGACUAUGGGAUACAGCAGGACAGGAAGACUAUGAUCGUCUUCGACCAUUGAGUUAUCCGCAAACAGAUGUGUUUGUUCUCUGUUUUUCUGUGGUUUCACCAGUUUCUUUCGAUAAUGUUGCUACUAAAUGGAUUCCUGAGAUCAGACAACAUUGCCCUGAUGCUCCCAUUAUCUUAGUCGGAACGAAGCUUGAUUUGAGAGAUGAAGCUGCUGCUAAAGUUGCUUCGGGUGAGGAUAGGCCACCAGUAACCAAAGGACAAGGUCAAAAGUGUGCUCAGAGGAUUAAAGCUGUAAAAUACUUGGAAUGCUCAGCAUUAACCCAACAAGGAUUGAAACAAGUUUUUGAGGAAGCAGUACGUGCUGUGAUACAUCCAAAACCACUCAAGAAGAAGAAGAGAUGCACUAUCCUGUAA